AUGGCUUCGCGCCUCCGCCUCGUCGGCCCGACCCCAAGCACAGACGCGAACUCCGCCCUGAACCAAGGCGUCUCCGGCAAGGCAGCGGGGGAGGGGGAGCGAGUGGGAGAGGCGAAGACGCCGGAGCCGCCGCGGCAGGAUGUGACGGACCUUGGCGGCGGCAGCGAGGUGAUCUACAUCCCCCGGUUCGUGGACCGGGAGAAGGCGUGGGAGUGGUUCGACUACCUCGACAAGUCCAUCCCCUGGACGUCCCCCGAAAUCCGCGUCUUCGGCCGCUCUGCCAAACAGCCUAGAGAUGUGUGCUAUGUUGCAGAUGAAGGGUUAACAGUUUUGAAAUAUAGUGGUCAUCAGCCUCAUGCACAUUCUUGGGAUGAAUUCCCCGUGCUCAAGGACAUCUUGAAAGUGGUUCUUGAAGCCCUUCCAGGGAGCUAUUUUAACAGCUUGCUCCUGAACAGAUACAAGACAGGUUCAAACUACGUGUCAUGGCAUGCUGAUGAUGAGCCCCUCUAUGGACCGACUCCAGAGAUAGCAUCUGUUACCUUUGGGUGUGAGCGUGACUUCUUACUUAGGAAGAAGCCUACCAAAUCGCAAGCCACUUCUGGAUCUGGUGAAGCUGGUCGAAAGCGGCUCAAGGUCACUGCAUCUCAAAAGCAGCAUUCUUUUCUUCUGAAACAUGGCUCGCUGCUUGUGAUGAGAGGCUACACCCAACGGGACUGGCAGCACUCAGUUCCGAAGAGAGCCAAAGUGAGCUCACCAAGGAUCAAUCUGACUUUCAGGCAUGUACUGCCAAAGUGA